UCAUAAAAUGAACCGACGCCCGAGGCCGCCGAUCAUGUGAGAGUUGAACGUUCGUGCAUUAUUCCAUCCAACUCUCUCUCUUUUUCUCUCUCUCAAUAAGAUCUCACCAUUGCCGCUUGUACGCUCCCUCCAGCCUUGUAUCUUUCUUAACCCUCCUUUCCUGGAUUGCGCCCACGCAACUGGAUUUGCGCUCCGCAUCCCUAUUCCUUCAUAAUCACUCCCUCAAAAAUGGCCCCAUUCCGUAACUUCCUGUCUCGAAAGCCCGCGGCACCCAGCGGCGGGGAUAUCACCACGCACGACAAUACCAGCACAACCAGUCGUUUAUCAAUUGAUGGCCAACGCUCAACGCCCUUGAGCUUUAAGAAGAGCUUCGAAAAAGAACCGCCAGAAUAUAAAUUGAGUGUUGUCGAUGCCAAUGGCGCUUAUCUUCCGCCAUCACCGCCCGAGAAACAGAGCUUCUGGCCCAAGUAUCCCGGUUCGCCCAAAUCCUCCCACCAUCGGGAUCUCGUCAAUGAGAACGAACCCUUCUCGAUAUCGCGGGAGUCCUUCGACUCCUAUCGUCGCUCCUUUGACAUCUCCGCUCGCUCCCCCGUGAGCUACACCGACGCACUGCCCUCGCGGACAUCGCUCGACUCGCGCGUCUCUCGAAUGACAUCACCGCCAUCCACAUUACACACCGGCCUUUGCAAACAGCCCGAAUCCAUGGAAGAAGAGCAAUUCGAGGACGUGGGCCUCGACGACGAGAACGAGACCAAGCCAAAAAGGAAGAGCAUUUUCUCUCGGUUUGGCGAUUUCACCAGCGAUUCGCACUCGUCCAACAACACCAAAUCCUCUUCUUUAGGUUUCCAUAUCCCAGGCCGCAAACGAGGACAAAGCAGUGUAGGCUCGGAAUUAGGCGCCUUCAAGUCCCCACCGGCCAGUGCCGGAUCGGAUACCCGUGGGGCAUGAUCCAAGCGCGGAUUUUGUAAAUUGAUAUAUCAUGUUUCGGCCGCUGGAUGGAGUUGCCAGUGACCAGACCUUGCUCUAAUCGCUCAAUCGCAGAUUCGACGGACGGCUUUGCAAAUGUGAGCCCCGCUUUAGUAGCUAAUUGGGGGGAUUGAGUUGACGACCUGGCCGCAAUGCGUGUUUCCUUCUCUGUCGUACGGAGCCAACCUGGCACCCUUUCUACACUGCGAUAGAUCAUAUUCUUGUAUAUACUUUAUACCUGGUUUCUUAUUCAUCUG